AUGUCUAUGGUUGAAAAGAAACAUAACCAAAUUAAGCUCUCAUUACCAAAAUUGUCAAGAAAGUUCAGAAAUAGCCAUAAAUAGUGUAAAAAUGGCAACUAUAGGACCUCCUGAAGCAAAUAUGCACCAAAUAGACCUAACAAAAUUAUCAAUUCCACAAUUAACGCAACUUAAAGAACAGUUAGAUCAGGAAUUAGUAGUAUUUCAAAACUCUCUACAAUCUUUAAAAGUAGCAUUAAAGAAAUUUCAAAAUUCAGCUGACUGUUUGGGAAAUUUUGGACCAGAGUCAGAAGACAAACCACUUCUUGUUCCACUAACUGGUUCAAUGUAUGUACCAGGUAGACUGAAGGAUACAAACCGGGUGAUAAUUGAUAUUGGUACAGGCUACUAUGCUGAAAUGGACAAUGAUGCUUCUAAAGAUUAUUUCAAACGAAAAGUAGCAUUUGUUACUGAGCAAAUGGAGAAAAUACAAAUUAUUGGUCUUGAAAAGAGUAAAAUACGAGAUGCAGUUGCUAGUGUAUUGGGAAUGAGAAUGAAACAGCAAAUUAAUACAGCUCAAUAAUAUUUUAAUACAGAUAAUACAUAGCUUAUGGUCUUGAUUUACUAUAUUUGUCCAUUUAUAAUUAAUAUGCAGUGUUCAUGUGAUCAUUAAAACAUUUAACAAGAA